AUGAUAAAUAAAAUCCCGGUGUUGUUAUUGUUAACUGCGCUAUGCUUAAAAGCUUCAUGUGCUGGUCGAUCCAAUUUUUAUAAUUUGUUGUUUGAUAUUAUUAAUAAAGAUGGUCAAAAUAAUGCGAAUAAAACAUCUAUAAGAGCAGAAGAAAUGACACUGGAUGAGUUAGGCAUAUCAAGAGGGUCAUGUCAACGCGAUUUUACGACGCUUAUAUUUUUAGAAAGUUCUGAAAUAUGUUAUGCCGAUGAUGAAUUUAUUCUACAUUUACUACCAGCAGUAACAUCAGCUGGUUCCCGUAAGCCUCCGAUAAUGGUUAAGUGUUUGAAUGAACAUCCGCUCGUAGAAAAAGGUUUAAAUAAACUACGUAUGAUGAAUAGCGUACAAGAAAUUGUAGAUUUACUUAAACCCAUUGGAAAAAAUACAAAACGGUAUGAAACUGGCAGCUGUGUAUUGGUUUAUUUCUACACGCCUACAUGUUUAGCUUGUACAGUCUCCGCAUUGCCGAUUAAUGCUUUGCCACAUGCGUUCAAAACCUUGCCAGUUGCUGCUGUAGAUGCGUACAAAUUUCCAAGCUUUAAUGCGGAAUUUGGAAUUGUCGGCUUGCCAACUUUAAUGCUAUUUCAUCAAGGACGACCUAUAGUAAAAUAUGACUAUUGCAGGAACAGAACAUAAAAUAAUCUUAUUAAAAUUUUCUUUUAUUUAUACACUUGCUUUAUAUCACCGACUGCGUGGAAUAUUUCGCUAUUUAAUUAUAUAUACUUUUACGAUUUGGUGAACGGAGCACUAUCGACUAAAUGAGUUUACGAAGAGGUUGCGUUUAUGGACGCAAUGAAGUAACAGGUAGAACCAUAACAAGAAAGCUCUACUUUCAAUGAACAAUUAUGUACAUAAGAGGGUGGGAGAGUGAAAAUGUACUUACCUUGCUUAUUCUUUAAUAGG